AUGUUCACGUUCAUGCAAUACUGUCCCGAAUGCUUGCUUGGGACCAUCCCAGAUGCCAAGGUCCUAAGUCAAAAGUCACGCGUGGGUUUGGAAAUCCAAGGCAGCCAGACCUUGCUCAGAGCAUCCCAAAUCCCCUGGCAUCUCCACACUCCGGCCACUGGUGAACUAGGUGCAUCCAGCCCAGAAUGUCUCAGCAGAAGCAGAAGCAGUGCUGCCCCCCACCUCAGCAGUGCUGCCCCCCACCAAAGCAGUGCUGCCCCCCACCUCAGCAGUGCUGCCCACCAAAGCAGUGCUGCCCCCCACCAAAGCAGUGCUGCCCUCCACCUCAGCAGUGCUGCCCCCCACCAAAGCAGUGCUGCCCUCCACCUCAGCAGUGCUGCCCCCCACCAAAGCAGUGCUGCCCCCUACCUCAGCAGACCAAGCAGCCAUGCCAGCCUCCACCCAAGUGCCAACAGAAGUACCCGCCCCCUCAACAAUGCUAGAGGUCCAAGCAGAAGUAAACCCCGGGCAUGUGACCAGAGGCCAAGUCCCAGGGGGAGAACAGAGAGUAUGCAGCCCAGUCCCCUCCAGCAGCCCGCUGGCUGUCAGCCCCACUCAUCCCCGGCUUCUGGAUGCAGCCACACUCUGGGAAGAGGCAGCACCAGGACGGCAGCUUCCUGGAUCUUUACCUGCUAUUAAUUAGCAGCUGCAAUUUGCAUCUCAAACAAGGAUCCUGUUCUAAACUGUCUAAUUCAUCUUUGCUGACAUGUGCCUACAUCGCCCUGUUGGCUUCUUGGUAACUCGGGCAGCGUGCCUGGACAGCCUUUCCUAUCUCCCUUCAUUCCUGUUCCUGUUUUCCAAACAAUUAAACAUAAGCCCUCUGGCAUUAA